AUGCUCGUCUCAUUGACGGUCGGCAAGGUCGACGCCGGCGUCACGGUGCUCCUGACGCCAGAUAAGCGCCUCAUCGAGUUCCCCUCCAUCCUGCUGCCCCCGAACAUCUCCUCCGGCAGCAUCGUCGACAUCACCGUCGGUCGCAACAACGCAUCGGAAUCCGCCGCCGAGCACGCCUUCCGCGAUCUCCAGGAGCGCAUCUACGACGCCUUUGGCGCCAGCGAGCCCGCCGUGCCGGUCCUGCGCUGCCGCAACGCCACCCAGACGAGCGUCGUGCUCGAGUGGGACCCCGUCGAGCUGGCGACGGCCGACCUGCUGUCGCUGUCCCUCUUCCGCAACGGCCAGAAGGCCGGCAGCAUCCCGCGGCCCCUGCACAUGCACAGCACCAAGAUCAGCGGCCUCGCCGUCGACACGGAACUACACCUUCCACCUCGUGCUGCGCACCACCGCCGGCACCUUCGCCUCGGACAAGGUCCACGUCCGCACCCACAAGCUCAC